UGUAAUAAUCUUCCCUUUAAGCUAUGGGGUUUACUUUUACAUAUGGUUAUUGCAUGUUUUGUUUGAUGGUACUACUACCACCAAUAACUUACUCUCAAGACUUCACUUCUUCAAGGGCUACCUAUUAUGGUAGCCCUGAUCGCUUAGGGACACCAACUGGAGCUUGUGGUUUUGGAGAAUAUGGAAGAACAGUCAACAAUGCUAAUGUGGCUGGGGUUUCCAGGUUGUACAGGAAUGGCACUGGCUGUGGUGGUUGCUAUCAGGUUAAGUGUAAAGCACCGCAUGGUAUUUGCAAUGAUGAUGGAGUGAACGUAGUGGUGACUGACUAUGGCGAAGGAGACAAGACAGAUUUCAUCCUUAGCUCACGCGCCUAUGCAAGACUAGCACGCCCCAAUAUGGCCGCAGAGCUGUUUGCAUAUGGCGUCGUUGAUGUUCAGUAUCGGAGGAUCUCUUGUCGGUACGCAGGUUACAAUCUUAUAUUUAAGAUUCAUGAGUAUAGCAGAUUCCCCGAGUACUUGGCCAUUGUUGUUCUGUACCAAGGUGGCCAAAAUGAUAUCUUAGCUGUUCAAAUAUGGCAGGAAGAUUGCAAGGAAUGGAUAGGCAUGAGAAAGGCAUAUGGAGCAGUUUGGGACAUGCCUAAUCCACCAAAGGGUUACAUAACAUUGAGGUUCCAAGUGAGUGGGAGUGCAGGGCUAACAUGGGUCCAGGCUAAAAAUGCUAUUCCAAGAGAAUGGAAAGUUGGGGUUGCAUAUAACAUUCAGCUCAAUUAAAAGUGCCAAGUGUUUUCAGAAUUUCAUAUUGUUUGUGAAAAGUGUGCUAGUGGAUUUGGCUUUAUAGAAUUAGUAUGAAGGAGUAUGUUUUACUCUUAUUUCGUGUAUGUAUAGUGUCAUGAUUGGAUUGGUCUUUCGGGAUCCUAUAUCGGUUAUGAAAAAUAAGUGGAUUAUAUAGAUUAGCACGUGUUUACAAAUCUGCCAGGAUUUUGUAAAAAAGAAAAAGAAAAAGUGCGUUCUAUCCUAAUCCAUAUGUAUUUGUAUUAUUAAUAAUUAAAGAAGGUGCCGAGUGUAAUUAUAAUCUUA